GCGGCGGCGGCGGCGCAGCGGGAGCGGAGCUGGCUGCACUCGUGGGCUGGCGCUCCGCAAUGAGACAGUAGCUGCAUCCCCGCGUGUGCUGCUGUAGGGUAACAUCUGGACUGGAAUAGAGGCUCCUCUGGUGCUUGGAUGUCCCUAAGUUCCUGGAUCGGCUUGUUGAAGACUGUCUCACAGAAAUGUGUCCUUCAAGCCCCUCGAGCCACCCAAACUCUGAAGAACCAGAAACUACACUUAGGAAAGGGGAUGAAAACCACCUUGGACGUGGAGCCUGAUGCCCUGUGAUGCCUUGGGCUAUUUUCACAUCGUUUCCCCCCUACACACACACCUCGUUACUCCAGGAUGAUUCUAUGCAGAUGUUGGAAAACUAUGGAUCACACCAAGCUAUUCUGCUUCUUCAUUGGAAAGACUUCAGCAAUCUGUGUAUUGCUGCUAGAAGCUUCUCACUCCUCAGGAUCUUUUCAGGGAAACCGAAACUGAGUAAACUGAGAAUUUAGAUGUUCUGAGUGAAACCCAUCAAGUCAUCUAUGAAAAUGGUGGCCCUAUCCUUAAAGAUCUGUGUCCGCCACUGCAAUGUGGUGAAGACCAUGCAGUUUGAGCCAUCUACAGCUGUGUAUGACGCUUGUCGAGUCAUUAGGGAGAGAGUACCUGAGGCACAGACUGGGCAAGCUUCUGACUAUGGGCUGUUUCUCUCCGAUGAAGACCCAAGGAAAGGGAUUUGGCUAGAAGCAGGUCGGACACUGGAUUACUACAUGUUGCGGAAUGGGGACAUUCUGGAGUACAAGAAGAAACAGAGGCCUCAGAAAAUCCGAAUGUUGGAUGGCUCUGUGAAGACGGUGAUGGUAGAUGACUCCAAGACGGUGGGGGAGCUCCUGGUCACGAUCUGCAGCAGGAUAGGAAUAACAAAUUAUGAAGAAUACUCUUUAAUCCAAGAAACCAUUGAAGAAAAGAAAGAAGAAGGGACAGGCACACUAAAAAAAGAUAGGACGUUGUUACGAGAUGAGAGGAAGAUGGAGAAGCUGAAGGCCAAACUGCACACAGAUGAUGACUUAAAUUGGCUAGAUCACAGCCGGACAUUCAGAGAGCAAGGCGUGGAUGAAAAUGAAACAUUGUUGCUCCGACGGAAGUUCUUUUACUCUGAUCAGAAUGUGGACUCGAGAGACCCGGUGCAGUUGAACUUGCUUUAUGUCCAGGCUCGGGAUGACAUCCUGAAUGGCUCUCACCCUGUCUCCUUCGAGAAGGCCUGUGAGUUUGGUGGGUUCCAAGCCCAGAUACAGUUUGGACCUCACGUGGAACACAAACACAAGCCUGGAUUCUUAGAUCUAAAGGAGUUCCUGCCAAAAGAGUACAUCAAGCAGAGAGGAGCCGAGAAGCGAAUAUUUCAGGAACAUAAAAACUGUGGAGAGAUGAGUGAAAUAGAAGCCAAGGUGAAGUACGUCAAACUCGCCCGGUCCCUCCGGACAUAUGGGGUGUCCUUUUUCCUAGUGAAGGAAAAAAUGAAAGGCAAGAACAAGUUGGUUCCCCGUCUCCUGGGCAUCACCAAGGACUCCGUCAUGCGUGUGGAUGAGAAGACCAAGGAGGUGCUUCAGGAGUGGCCUCUCACCACGGUCAAGCGCUGGGCCGCUUCACCCAAGAGCUUCACACUGGAUUUUGGGGAGUACCAAGAGAGCUACUAUUCAGUACAAACCACAGAGGGGGAGCAAAUAUCCCAGCUGAUUGCAGGAUACAUUGAUAUCAUCCUCAAAAAGAAACAAAGCAAAGAUAGAUUUGGCCUGGAAGGGGAUGAGGAGUCAACUAUGUUGGAAGAAUCAGUUUCCCCAAAAAAAUCUACCAUCCUGCAGCAGCAGUUCAACCGGACUGGGAAAGCAGAGCAUGGUUCGGUAGCACUGCCAGCUGUCAUGCGCUCUGGCUCCAGUGGGCCUGAGACGUUCAAUGUUGGCAGCAUGCCGUCACCACAGCAGCAGGUCAUGGUCGGACAGAUGCACCGAGGACACAUGCCUCCGCUGACGUCGGCACAGCAAGCCCUUAUGGGGACCAUCAACACAAGCAUGCACGCUGUCCAGCAGGCUCAGGAUGACCUCAGCGAGCUCGACUCGCUGCCACCCCUCGGCCAAGAUAUGGCAUCUAGGGUAUGGGUUCAGAACAAAGUGGAUGAAUCCAAGCAUGAAAUCCACUCUCAAGUCGAUGCUAUCACAGCUGGGACAGCUUCAGUUGUCAACCUCACAGCUGGUGACCCUGCAGACACUGACUACACAGCCGUGGGCUGUGCAAUCACUACCAUUUCUUCCAACCUGACCGAAAUGUCCAAGGGGGUCAAGCUGCUGGCAGCCCUCAUGGACGAUGACGUGGGCAGUGGGGAGGAUCUUCUCAGAGCUGCCAGGACCCUCGCCGGGGCUGUGUCUGAUUUGCUGAAGGCUGUGCAGCCUACUUCAGGAGAGCCUCGACAGACUGUUUUGACUGCUGCCGGAAGCAUCGGCCAAGCCAGUGGAGAUCUCCUCAGACAGAUUGGAGAGAACGAGACGGAUGAGAGAUUCCAAGAUGUUUUAAUGAGUCUAGCUAAGGCUGUUGCCAAUGCUGCUGCCAUGUUAGUACUGAAGGCGAAGAAUGUGGCCCAGGUGGCUGAAGACACCGUCCUACAGAACAGGGUGAUCGCCGCAGCCACCCAGUGUGCCCUCUCUACCUCGCAGCUUGUGGCGUGUGCUAAGGUGGUGAGCCCCACCAUCAGCUCUCCCGUGUGCCAGGAGCAGCUGAUCGAAGCUGGGAAGCUGGUGGACCGCUCUGUGGAAAACUGUGUCCGAGCCUGCCAGGCGGCCACCAGUGAUAGCGAGCUCCUGAAGCAGGUCAGCGCGGCGGCCAGUGUGGUCAGCCAGGCCCUGCACGACCUCCUGCAGCAUGUGCGGCAGUUCGCCAGCCGAGGCGAGCCCAUUGGCCGCUAUGACCAGGCCACCGACACCAUCAUGUGUGUCACUGAGAGCAUCUUCAGUUCCAUGGGCGAUGCUGGUGAGAUGGUGCGCCAAGCCCGGGUGCUAGCCCAGGCCACAUCAGAUCUCGUCAAUGCCAUGAGGUCAGAUGCGGAGGCUGAGAUUGACAUGGAGAAUUCCAAGAAGCUCCUGGCGGCCGCAAAGCUCUUGGCUGACUCCACUGCCCGCAUGGUGGAAGCUGCGAAGGGGGCUGCAGCCAACCCAGAGAAUGAAGACCAGCAGCAGAGGCUGAGAGAAGCUGCCGAGGGUCUCCGAGUAGCAACCAAUGCCGCUGCGCAGAAUGCUAUUAAGAAAAAAAUCGUCAACCGGCUGGAGGUUGCAGCCAAGCAGGCUGCAGCUGCUGCCACACAGACCAUCGCAGCCUCCCAGAAUGCAGCCAUCUCCAACAAGAACCCCUCAGCCCAGCAACAACUGGUCCAGAGCUGCAAGGCGGUGGCUGAUCACAUCCCUCAGCUAGUGCAGGGCGUGAGAGGGAGCCAAGCACAAGCAGAAGACCUCAGUGCCCAGCUGGCUCUCAUCAUCUCCAGCCAGAACUUCCUGCAGCCUGGAAGCAAGAUGGUGUCCUCUGCUAAGGCGGCGGUGCCCACUGUGAGUGACCAGGCUGCAGCCAUGCAGUUGAGUCAGUGUGCCAAGAACCUGGCAACCAGCCUGGCCGAGCUGCGCACAGCCUCGCAGAAGGCCCACGAAGCCUGUGGCCCCAUGGAAAUAGAUUCUGCACUGAACACUGUGCAGACUCUCAAGAAUGAGCUGCAGGACGCCAAGAUGGCCGCUGCAGAAAGUCAACUGAAACCACUUCCAGGAGAAACGCUGGAAAAGUGUGCUCAGGACCUGGGAAGCACCUCUAAGGGAGUGGGCUCCUCCAUGGCACAGCUCCUGACCUGUGCUGCUCAAGGCAAUGAGCAUUACACAGGCGUGGCAGCAAGAGAAACAGCCCAGGCCCUGAAAACACUGGCCCAGGCUGCCCGGGGAGUGGCGGCAUCCACAAAUGAUCCUGAGGCUGCUCAUGCCAUGUUAGACUCUGCUCGGGAUGUGAUGGAGGGCUCUGCCAUGCUCAUCCAGGAAGCCAAGCAGGCACUAAUUGCACCUGGAGACACAGAGAGUCAGCAGAGAUUAGCCCAGGUGGCCAAAGCUGUGUCUCACUCACUGAAUAACUGCGUGAAUUGCCUUCCUGGACAGAAGGAUGUGGAUGUCGCCUUGAAGAGCAUCGGGGAGGCCAGCAAGAAGCUACUUGUAGAUUCGCUACCUCCAAGCACAAAGCCCUUCCAGGAGGCCCAGAGUGAGCUGAACCAGGCUGCUGCUGAUCUGAACCAAUCUGCUGGGGAAGUCGUCCAUGCCACAAGGGGCCAGAGUGGAGAGCUGGCAGCCGCUUCUGGAAAAUUCAGUGAUGACUUUGACGAGUUCCUGGAUGCCGGCAUUGAGAUGGCUGGCCAGGCACAGACAAAAGAAGACCAGAUGCAAGUGAUAGGGAACCUGAAGAAUAUCUCGAUGGCGUCCAGCAAGCUCCUGCUGGCCGCCAAGUCUCUCUCUGUAGAUCCUGGAGCUCCCAACGCAAAAAAUCUCCUGGCUGCAGCUGCAAGAGCUGUGACAGAGAGCAUCAAUCAGCUCAUCAUGCUGUGUACUCAGCAGGCCCCUGGGCAGAAGGAGUGUGACAACGCCCUGCGUGAGCUCGAGACUGUCAAGGGGAUGUUGGAAAACCCGAAUGAGCCUGUGAGCGACCUCUCUUAUUUUGACUGCAUUGAGAGUGUGAUGGAGAACUCCAAGGUUCUGGGCGAGUCAAUGGCAGGGAUUUCACAGAAUGCCAAGACUGGAGACCUCCCUGCCUUCGGAGAAUGUGUGGGGAUUGCAUCUAAGGCUCUCUGUGGGCUGACAGAGGCAGCAGCCCAGGCUGCGUAUCUGGUUGGCAUCUCUGAUCCGAACAGCCAGGCAGGUCACCAAGGCCUGGUGGACCCCAUCCAGUUUGCCAGGGCUAACCAGGCGAUCCAGAUGGCAUGUCAGAACUUGGUGGACCCUGGCAGCAGCCCAUCACAGGUUCUGUCGGCUGCCACUAUUGUUGCCAAGCACACAUCAGCCUUAUGCAAUGCCUGCCGCAUCGCCUCAUCCAAGACGGCCAACCCUGUUGCCAAGCGGCACUUUGUCCAGUCAGCCAAGGAGGUUGCCAACAGCACCGCCAACCUGGUCAAGACCAUCAAGGCCCUGGAUGGGGAUUUCUCUGAAGACAAUCGCAAUAAGUGUCGAAUUGCUACCACGCCCUUGAUCGAGGCGGUGGAGAACCUAACAGCGUUUGCAUCAAACCCCGAGUUUGCCAGCAUUCCUGCACAGAUCAGCUCUGAGGGCUCCCAGGCGCAGGAACCAAUCUUGGUCUCAGCCAAGACCAUGCUGGAGAGCUCAUCGUACCUCAUCCGCACCGCGCGCUCUCUGGCCAUCAACCCCAAAGAUCCGCCCACCUGGUCCGUGUUGGCUGGACACUCCCACACUGUGUCUGACUCCAUUAAGAGUCUCAUCACGUCUAUCAGGGACAAAGCCCCAGGGCAGAGGGAAUGUGACUACUCCAUUGAUGGCAUCAACCGGUGCAUCAGGGACAUCGAGCAGGCCUCCCUGGCCGCGGUCAGCCAGAGCCUGGCCACGAGGGAUGACAUCUCUGUGGAGGCCCUACAGGAGCAGCUGACCUCAGUGGUCCAAGAAAUCGGACAUCUUAUUGAUCCCAUUGCCACAGCUGCCCGAGGAGAAGCUGCCCAACUUGGACAUAAGGUGACACAGCUGGCGAGCUACUUUGAGCCCUUGAUCUUAGCUGCAGUUGGUGUCGCCUCCAAGAUGCUGGACCAUCAACAACAGAUGACAGUGCUGGACCAGACCAAGACUCUUGCAGAGUCUGCCCUGCAGAUGCUGUAUGCAGCCAAGGAAGGUGGAGGUAACCCCAAGGCACAGCACACCCACGACGCCAUCACAGAGGCUGCGCAGCUGAUGAAGGAAGCUGUGGAUGACAUCAUGGUGACACUGAAUGAAGCAGCCAGUGAGGUGGGACUGGUGGGAGGCAUGGUGGACGCCAUCGCAGAGGCUAUGAGCAAGCUGGAUGAAGGCACACCUCCAGAACCAAAGGGAACGUUUGUUGACUACCAGACGACUGUGGUUAAAUACUCCAAAGCCAUUGCCGUCACAGCUCAGGAAAUGAUGACUAAGUCGGUUACUAACCCGGAGGAGUUGGGAGGCCUGGCUUCACAAAUGACCACUGACUAUGGGCACCUGGCUCUCCAGGGCCAGAUGGCAGCAGCCACCGCCGAACCAGAGGAGAUUGGAUUCCAGAUUCGCACACGUGUGCAGGACCUUGGCCAUGGCUGUAUCUUCCUGGUGCAAAAGGCAGGAGCCCUCCAGGUGUGCCCCACAGACAGCUACACCAAGAGGGAGCUGAUCGAGUGUGCCCGCUCUGUCACUGAGAAGGUGUCCUUGGUGCUGUCUGCUCUCCAGGCUGGAAACAAGGGGACCCAGGCAUGCAUCACGGCCGCAACUGCAGUUUCUGGGAUCAUUGCCGAUCUGGACACCACCAUUAUGUUUGCAACAGCUGGCACACUGAAUGCAGAGAACGGCGAGACCUUUGCCGAUCACAGGGAGAACAUUCUGAAGACAGCCAAGGCCUUGGUGGAAGACACAAAGCUCCUCGUGUCUGGGGCUGCAUCCACUCCAGACAAGCUGGCCCAGGCCGCUCAGUCCUCAGCAGCCACCAUCACCCAGCUGGCAGAGGUGGUCAAGCUGGGGGCCGCCAGCCUGGGCUCCAAUGACCCUGAGACCCAGGUGGUACUGAUAAAUGCCAUCAAAGACGUGGCCAAGGCCCUUUCCGAUCUCAUUGGUGCUACCAAGGGAGCUGCCAGCAAGCCGGCUGACGACCCCUCCAUGUACCAGCUCAAAGGAGCCGCCAAGGUGAUGGUGACCAAUGUCACCUCCCUUCUUAAGACUGUGAAGGCAGUGGAAGACGAGGCCACCCGGGGCACAAGGGCACUUGAGGCCACCAUCGAGUACAUAAAACAGGAGCUCACAGUGUUCCAGUCAAAAGACAUACCUGAAAAGACAUCAUCACCCGAGGAAUCAAUAAGAAUGACGAAAGGUAUCACCAUGGCAACAGCGAAAGCCGUGGCAGCUGGGAACUCAUGUAGACAAGAGGAUGUAAUUGCAACCGCCAAUCUGAGCAGGAAGGCUGUCUCAGAUAUGUUGAUAGCUUGCAAGCAAGCAUCCUUCUACCCUGAUGUCAGUGAAGAGGUGCGAACCAGAGCCUUGCGGUAUGGCACAGAAUGCACCUUGGGCUACCUGGACCUACUAGAACACGUCUUGGUGAUCCUUCAAAAGCCAACCCCGGAACUCAAGCAUCAGCUGGCUGCUUUCUCCAAGAGAGUUGCUGGAGCUGUGACGGAGCUCAUCCAGGCAGCGGAAGCCAUGAAAGGAACAGAGUGGGUGGAUCCAGAAGACCCAACCGUCAUUGCAGAAACUGAGUUACUGGGAGCUGCAGCAUCCAUUGAAGCCGCUGCCAAGAAGUUAGAGCAGCUGAAGCCAAGAGCAAAGCCAAAGCAAGCAGACGAGACCCUGGAUUUUGAAGAACAGAUCUUAGAAGCUGCUAAAUCCAUUGCUGCUGCCACAAGUGCCCUGGUCAAAUCGGCCUCAGCAGCCCAGAGGGAGCUGGUAGCCCAAGGCAAGGUGGGCUCCAUCCCUGCCAAUGCUGCCGAUGAUGGACAGUGGUCCCAGGGGCUGAUCUCUGCCGCCCGGAUGGUGGCGGCAGCAACCAGCAGUCUCUGUGAGGCAGCCAAUGCCUCUGUGCAGGGACAUGCCAGUGAGGAAAAGCUCAUCUCAUCCGCCAAGCAGGUCGCAGCUUCAACCGCUCAGCUGCUGGUGGCCUGCAAGGUGAAGGCCGACCAGGAUUCAGAGGCCAUGAAGCGGCUACAGGUAAUGGUCACUGAUGCUGGUGGGAAAAUACUCCUGUUGGAGCGGGCGGCAGGAAAUGCUGUGAAAAGAGCCUCAGACAAUCUUGUUCGUGCAGCCCAGAAGGCAGCAUUUGGCAAAGCUGAUGAUGACGAUGUUGUGGUGAAAACCAAGUUCGUGGGAGGCAUUGCUCAGAUCAUUGCAGCCCAGGAGGAAAUGCUGAAGAAAGAACGAGAGCUGGAGGAAGCCAGGAAGAAGCUGGCCCAGAUCCGCCAGCAGCAGUACAAAUUCCUCCCCACAGAGCUGAGGGAAGAUGAGGGCUAAGACACCCCCCAUGCUGGUGAGCCCCAGGAGGUGGUUCCUACUCCCCCAACAAGAACUGGACAUACUGGUGUCCCCCAGAGCCAGGAACUUCCUGGAAACUGCUGGCCCUCCACCGGAGUCUGUCUCUCUCAGUCCUCAGUCCCGUCACUAUCAGCUGCAUGAUCAUGGUCUCACACGGUACAGUGUCCCACCCACAGCUCUUCCAGCUCCCCUCACGCCUCGCUAUAUCUCAGGACAGAGGGCGCAUUUCAUGGACUGUUACCAAAAAAGAAAAGUCAGUAUUACGUUGUUCUCAGACACCUGUACUCCGUGUCCUCUAAGACUGCUCCAGGGCCUCUUUGUGAAAUCACACUCGGGAAAGAACAAUGCUAAUAACGGCUCACAGGAAUCAUCAGUAUCAUGGACAUAGAGAUUCUCUCUCUGGAGAGAAGACAGCUGGAGUUGGACACUGUUAAUAAAGCCAGAAACACUCCCAAGUGAACUCUGGAGUCACAGAGGUCUGUGUAAGUGUGGGGCACUGACUCACCCACGGGGGAGAAGAUCCCCUACCCGUUUGCACGCUUUUCUCGCCUCAGUGUGUAAGCUCCUUGUACAACUACACCCAUCUUGUAUUCUGUGGCCCAGAAAAAUGGAAGUUAUUUUUUUUUCCCCCUUCCAUAAUCCAAAGGGCAGAGUUGUGGAAAGUGGUCAGGGUUAGGUGGGUAGGGGCCGGAAUAAAAUACUGGGCUCCUCACUCAGCAAAGCUGUUUCAGUUUAUGCAGACACACACAUGGAGACUAUGUCCCUGAUGGAUCUCAGUGCAGCGCCCCCUGGAGGAAGAGUCAGGUAGCAUUUAGGAAGGAGGUUCCCAUGUUCGAGCCCUAUUAUCAGUUUCUGUGCACUUGAGAGGGUCCAAGUUCAAGAAGGAAAGUUAUUUGUUUAGAACUUUGACCUUUGAUCUCAAGGGGGCAUUUCCCACCAUUUAUCUUAAUAAUCCUAAAAUCUAAAUGUCCCCUCUGGUCAUUGUGAACCUGUGUGACAGCAUUGCUUGUUGUCACAGAAGUGUUUUCACAGUACAUCAUCUGGGUGCUGCCCUUUCAACCUCCCGAUGCCUUCCCCUCGUGCCUUUCCUCUCAGGGCCCUCUUCUGGAGAGAACAUCAGAGAUCCCUGACUUUACAUUUGAGUUGAGCCCCUGCCUAAGAUGAGGGAUGAGGGAGGGCCUGAUACCAAGUACCAGCAUGUUAAUGAACUCGUGAAGAGUUAGCAGGGGCUUGCUUAGACUGUAGCUCAGUUGGUAGAGUGUUUGCCUGGUUAGCAUGCACAAAGCCCUGGGUCCCAUCACAUAAACUCGAUGUGGUGCCACAAGCCUGUAAUCCCAGCACCAGGGAGAUAGAGGCAGGUGGAUCAGAAGUUCAAGGUUAUCUUUGGCUACAUAGUAAGUCAGAGACCAGCCUUGGCUACAUAGUAAAUUAUAGAGAAAAGCCUUGGCUACAUGAGACCCUGCCUCCAAAAGAGGAGAGAGAAGGAAAAAAGGCAUAUGGUCUUCAAGGCUAAUGGCUGCUGAGGGCAGACUUUCUCCCCCUUAAUGAUAUGAUACCAGUACCACAUUGUAUGUUGGGCUCACCACUUCCAUCCAGAUUUCUACCAAAGAAGAAACACUGGUACUCUGGUCCUCCGAAAGGAAAGAGAGAAUCAACCCUCGACCUUGCCAGAUGAGGCUCCUCGAGCAGACUCUCCUGUGCCACAGCUCUAAAACAUAAUGAAAUCCUGACACCUUCCCAGAUGUGUAGAGACUUACACAUGCUGCACAAAGGAAUCCCUUUCACACAGGUAGAAGGAUCUAAGUACGGUGUGAAUGAAAAGCAAAUGCAGGGCACACAUGGAAGGACUGAGGCUGAGCAGGGCUGCUGGAGAGCCUCCAUGCUGGGAGCCCUUGAUGCUCAUGGGAAAGCAAACCGCCUCGCUCACCCUUGUUGAGUGUAACUCUUUUUGUUUGUUUUGUUUUUCCCAGACAGGGUUUCUCUGUAUAGCCCUGGCUGUCCUGGAACUCACUCUGUAGACCAGGCUGGCCUCGAACUCAGAAAUCUGCCUGCCUCUGCCUCCCAAGCGCUGGGAUUAAAGGUGUGCGCCACUUCACGCCUUUGCUGGGUACUAUGCAAAACUAUUAAGCCAAACCCCAAAGUUCAUGAUCAAGACGGUGAUCUCACACAGUAGGACAAGAGGCUCUCCUGCAGCUGGCUCACCCUCUUCCUGUAGGAUAUGCUUCCAGGCAGCUAGCCCCUCACCCCUCCUCCUACCUGUCCCCUGCCACAUUGGACAUUCCAGGGGCAGGACAGAUACCAAGUGUCUGUCCCUACCCCAGGGUGGUUUAAAACUUUCACAGAAGUGGACACAGGAGAAGACCUCUAACAAAUGAAGGCAAGGGGCCAUGAGGGGAGUUUCAGGACAGUGGGACAGUGUCCUCCUGUCUGGGGUGAUGUGCACUAGGAACUUGGGAAGAGGUCGUUCUCAGGUCUCUCCUCCAUGGUCGUGGGCCUACUUCGCACCUGUCCCUUGCUAGCCCAUGCUGUGUCCAUGUAUGUGAAUGUCCUCGUGGCUGGCUGAUCUCUCCUCAUUUCAUAAACCAGCGGAAAUGCUGGGCUACAGGCAUUACUUAAUGCUGCUGCUUGUGUCCCCAGAGGCACUGAGGGGUCUUCUGGCUCCUAAGGGAGAAAGAAUGCAGAUGUAGUGAAUUGCAGUUUGGAGUAGUUUCAAGGCCCAUGGCCCAAGGCCUGGAACAUGGAAUUCAUCUGUGAGGGGGACUGGGAAUGCAGCAGAGUGCACUCCUACCUCUGGUCCCGUGAGGGAGGCCAACAUUGGGUGUUGAAUCCUUACACUGAUCUUCCUGUCCUGUGUUUCCCUGUUUGAUGGUUAAAAGUAGGAUGUGCCUGAUGGCUGGGAAAUUGCAUUUGGUUUACUUCUGCCUUUCAGAGGUCUUUUGGUUUUCAGGAUGCAAAAGCCAUGUUUGGUCAGACAGCCCUGGGUAGCCCUUCCACUGGCCAGUUUGGGAGGUGGUCUUGAAGGUCAUCAUAAGCUGAUACUUAGGACCUAGGCAGUCCUCCAGUUGGCGUUGGUGAUUUCCAGAGGCAGCUGCCCUGGCUUCAGUUUGUGCACGGGCUUUCAGGGCUAAGCCACCACAGAUCUGCUGGCGCACACUCUUCGUCCAGAAAACCCUCUAAGCCUCUUAGCACACACAUCUGCUUGUUGUCUGAGUUCUCUUCCGGCUGGUGAGAGUAGGGACAGCUGAAACCAAGUGUUAAAAACCGUGUAACGAGGUGUGACGGCGAACAUUUAGAAUCCCAGCACUGGGGAGGUGGAGGCAGGAGAAUUGCCAAGUCUAAGGUCAGCCUGGGCUGGGUAACAAGAUCCUGUCUCAGAAAACCAACAGCUAAUGGAAGUAACUUAGUGUUAAAAUGUUUGCCUCGUAAGUGCUAGGCCCUGGGUUGGUUCCCAGCAACACACAGACUUUAACCAAAAUGUCCCACCACCUAAAAGCAUGUAUUUAUCCCCACCUCCUAAGCGGCCCCAGAACCAGAACCUGAUGAAGGAAUUAGGGUGGAGGUGGUAAGAGGUGCCACUGCACUUCCUCUUGUCUCUCUGGCAGGUGGUCCCCCAAAUCUCCCCGAGCUUUGCAGUCCAGGGCUAAGGUAGAGCCUCUGGGAGCUAAAGCUUAAGAUCUCAGCACUGAUUGUAUGCUCUGCUCAGACACCUAGAAGAAACGAACUCGGUGACCGCGCACACAGACAGACACAUCUGAGUUACUGAGCAAGUUGCAAGGAACUGGAAGAAAAUAGUUGCUUACAGGCUGAGAGGCAACAGUGCUCAGAGUCCUAAAAGCCAAAGAAAGGUCUUAGGGGCUAUGCUGGUGGCCCAGAUCUCACCUCACCCCAGAGUCCCUCCCACUGAGUCGGCAGCCUCCGCUAGGAAAGACAUCCUCCACAAAUCGCCUGACGUCACUGCUCCAUCAGGGUGAGCUUGCACUUGAUGUAUUAAGUUGUGGUCAUUUGGAAUGAGCACGAGGAGGGAACUUCCAGUAGUCUCACAAUACUAUGAAGAAGGGCUGACACUUUUCUGUGAAACAGGCUAGGUUUUAUCUGGUCUCCCUGGAACCCAGCUCACUGCCCACCAGGAGGCAAUAGCAUGCGAGCCCCUCUGCAGCCACAUCUGUCAGGAGACAAGAAAGGGAAGCUCUGCCCUUGUCAUAAUGUUUAAUCACAUAAAUUAAUUUAUCUAAUCACAUAAAUUAUUUUUUUUAUUCAUCAGAAAUAAACUUUUAAAGGAA